AUGACCGCGCCUUCCGAAAUCUUUCCGAUGAUCUGUGCCCCGAAGUUGCCUAAGGCAACGGCGUUCCUGGUGAAGCUGACCGACUCGAGUCUGAGGUCGCUGCAAGACUGGCAGAAGAAGGUCGCGAGUGUCGGCGAUGGUGGCGGCGGCGGCAUUGGCGGUAAUAUUGUGAUCAAUGGCCGCGAAGGACGCAUCUGUUUCUCGAAGAACAGCGACUCGUUUCGUUUCACAAUUUCGGACAUAUCGCGAGACCUCGGCCCUCAGGGUCUUCAGGAGGUUGUGCAGCAGAACAGCGAGACGGGUCUGUGGCAGCUGAUCGGCUCGGUAACGCACCGUAUGCAGAUCCUGGCCACCGACGACACGUACCAAUCGACGAAACGAAAGGCGCUGCAGGCCGAAGAGGAUGCGAAAAAGGUUUCGGCGAAGGUUCUGAAACAACCGAAGCUCGGCGCCAGUAAGGCGAGCAACAAGAUCUGGCAGAAGAUCAACCAGGCGUCGGCGGCUACGUCUACUCGCCCUUUGACCCCGGUCAGAGGUACCAGCAGCAAUGUGAACGAGGACUGGCCAUUUUAUUCGGCAUGGGAUCGGCAGGUGUUGCGACGAACGCUCGCAUCGAAGAUGCUGCAGUCCCGCCAGAACGUCUGCUCAGAGGGUAAUGGUGAUGUAGCAGAGAAGCUAGUGCCUCCCGAAGCGUCCCUAGUCGACCCCCUGGAUAACAUUCUGUCCGACCGGCGAUUGUCCCGUAAGUGCAUGAAACGCAGUUCAGCGAAUUUGACCGCUGACACGACUUCGCCCAAGCAGUUGGCGCUAGACGGAGGUAAAACAACAUCGACAAACGAUGAACAGAAGUCGGACAGUGGGUCAGCCGGGUUGGAUAAGGAAUCCUCUGCCGACAUAGUCAAAAGGGUGCAUACGGGCGGUGCUGGGGGCCUCGUUGCCCAAAAUGUUCGCAAGCAUCCAAAGGAGGCCAAUAAGCAGGAGAAUUGGACGAUGAUGAUGGAAACUGAGGAAGAUGAUCACCGAACAACGGUCACGUUGAAGGAUGCAUCGUCCGAUGAACGGCGGUCAGACAUGACCAACGAUUGGCUGGCGACGUUUCCGGAAAUUAAGACGCUGGAUGAACGCAAACAGUACAAGGAUAUAUUCGACUGCGAUUACCCGGUGUACAUGAAGACUUAUGAAAAACUGCGCAGCAUUGCGGCCGAGUUCGAGAUGCUCGGCAAGAAGCUGAACGGCUUCAGGAAAGGCUCGGACGAGUACAAAGGCAUCGAACGUGACAUUUGCAUCAAGUACAAGAAAUUCUAUGAAGACGUUGGCGGCCAUCAAGCACCGUGUCAGCGAAUUCGAUACCCGACGACAGUGUUCGAACUCAACGCCGUCAGCCUCUUGUUUCUCAUCAUCGAUCGAGAACACGUAGCAGUCGGCUCUGUGGCAUCAGACACCGUUGUCCAUCCGUCUGUAGCUGUCGAUUUUGGAAACGAGGUGGAGGAGGAAGGCGACGGUUCCAUCGGUUCGGUGACCGGGCCUGCUCCUGCCGCUGCUGCCGUCGCCGGUGCUCUGUCGCGCGGCCAGUGGCCGAUAAGCGAUCGCAGAACGCCGGUCAUACGAGGCAUUAGUAGCAACAUUCUGCGUUCGAUUGCUGGCCCGACUUCAAAAUUGCUUGGCACUAAGUUCGUACCAAACCUCAGUCUCGCCGGCAAGCGUCAGGCGUCCUCUGACUACAGCGUGAGCGUUGCUCAAGGUGCAUCGACUCGCGGCCAUCGAGCUAGAGGACGACCACGCGGUGGUAGAGGCAGUGGACGAGGGCGAGGGCGAGGUCAGCAUAAAAUCGUACGCUCUGAAGGCGUCUUUUCGGAAGGCGUCGGUGAAUCGCUGAACGCGAAUCGGAAUGAAUAUGACCCUGACUACCUGGACAUCUGUUCAAGGGCGGAAACCUCUACUAUUCUGCGUUCCGAUUUCUCGGAAUCGGACGAAAGCGCGUUGAGCGCACUUUUCGAUCAGACAGGUUUUGGCCCUGCGGUACCCGCUGAUGGUACUGAUACGUUUCCGGACAAUAAGGUGCUCCGUCCGGUCAAAUCGGAACCUUCAUUAGAGUUACCAAGUGAAUUUCAUGUAAAACCAGAAGCGCUCGACAAUGUCUCAGGCAUCCCUGUUGGCCAGCUGAUUUGCGUUCACUUGCCGAAUAUUCUCCGUGGCAUUAUUGAAGAGACCGAUGUUGGUAACCUCACCGAAGCGAAAGAACGGAAUAUUGCUGAACCAUCGAAUAAGCAUGUUUUUGAAUCGGUUCGUGAAGGUUUCUUGGGUACACUGGUGAUUUUUCGCUCUGGCAGGAUGAUGUUGCGGGUGCUGGACGCCGGCGGAUUUUCGAAACGCUUUUUCCUCUUAUCUUCAGUUACGAAUUGCGUUUCGCAGGUUUGUUGUAUUUUAUAAUA